GAGUGCACCGUCCCAGGGCAGCAAUCCCCAGCCAAGCACUGUCAGGGGCCAUUUUCUGUCUGGAGGGCCUGAGGACGUUGACGUAGAAGAUGUGCGAGGAAGAGGACAGCACUGCCCUCGUUUGUGACAAUGGGUCAGGGCUCUGUAAAGCCGGCUUCGCUGGGGACGAUGCUCCAAGAGCAGUUUUCCCUUCCAUUGUGGGUCGUCCCAGGCACCAGGGUGUGAUGGUUGGUAUGGGUCAAAAAGACAGCUACGUAGGUGACGAGGCUCAAAGCAAGAGAGGAAUCCUGACCUUGAAAUACCCCAUAGAACAUGGCAUCAUUACAAACUGGGAUGACAUGGAGAAGAUCUGGCAUCACUCUUUCUAUAACGAGCUCCGUGUUGCACCUGAAGAACACCCGACUCUACUGACUGAAGCACCACUGAAUCCCAAAGCCAAUCGAGAGAAAAUGACCCAGAUUAUGUUCGAGACUUUCAACGUACCAGCCAUGUAUGUAGCUAUUCAAGCCGUUCUGUCCCUCUAUGCUUCUGGACGUACCACAGGGAUUGUGCUUGACUCUGGGGAUGGUGUCACCCACAAUGUGCCAAUUUAUGAAGGCUACGCCUUGCCGCAUGCCAUCAUGCGUCUGGACCUGGCUGGCCGUGACCUGACAGACUACCUCAUGAAAAUCCUGACGGAACGUGGCUACUCCUUCGUGACCACUGCGGAGCGUGAAAUUGUCCGUGACAUCAAGGAGAAGCUGUGUUACGUGGCCCUGGACUUUGAAAAUGAGAUGGCCACUGCUGCCUCUUCCUCCUCCCUGGAAAAAAGCUAUGAGCUUCCUGAUGGUCAGGUGAUCACUAUUGGAAAUGAACGCUUCCGCUGCCCAGAAACCCUCUUCCAGCCAUCUUUCAUUGGCAUGGAGUCUGCUGGCAUUCAUGAAACGACUUACAACAGCAUCAUGAAGUGUGAUAUAGACAUCAGAAAGGAUCUUUAUGCCAACAACGUGCUGUCUGGAGGCACUACAAUGUACCCGGGUAUUGCAGACAGGAUGCAGAAGGAAAUAACUGCUCUGGCUCCCAGCACUAUGAAGAUCAAGAUCAUUGCUCCUCCUGAACGUAAGUACUCCGUCUGGAUUGGAGGCUCUAUUCUUGCCUCCCUGUCUACUUUCCAGCAGAUGUGGAUCAGCAAACAGGAAUAUGAUGAAGCUGGCCCAUCCAUUGUUCACCGCAAAUGCUUUUAAAUUGCUUUAUCUUUAUAUGUCUCCUUAGUGUAUUACUGUGAAUGUAUUCAGGAAAAUACAUUCUUAUAAUUUCAUUCCAUAAAUUCUUCAUCAUAAUGACUCUAAUUAAUUGGAUACUAUGUAUUUUUUUUGAAUAAAUUUUAAAUAUGCUAUGAAAUUGCUGCUCCUAUUUAAAAAAAAAAACAAAACCCAUGCAUUUGUGGAGGUACCAUUACAGCUGGUUUGAAGCUCCAUCUUGUGACACGAAUUUGUUACUACACUAUACCGGGCUUAAUAGCAAAAGUGGUACCUUUUGCUCAAUGAUGCCAAUGCUAGAAAAUGCUCAGCUAUCAGGCUGCAUGUUGUCAAAGCUUAGCCUCAGUAAACAUUUUAGUCUGGAAAAAUCAAGACUGGUUCUGUUUGCAAAGUUCUGGGCAGAACCAAAGGAGCGUAGCAUCUGUUCGAUAUCAGGAUGAGCCUAGACACUCUGCUUUGUAUCUGCUCUAUCCAGAAAUAUUAUCUAUCCACAUCACUUCUUAAUUCACAGCUGUCAUGCUGGAAAAGCUAAUUUUUUACAGUGUGUGUGGUCCAGAGGUGUACGAUGCGUACUGCAACAAUGCUGUGUGUUUUCUUUAAAGAAACAAAACCUGUUCCUUUGGGAGCAUAUCUAAACACUAAUAUUAGAUUGAACACAUGACUUUCCUAUCAUAUGCCCUCAGGAUGAGUGCAGCCUAUUGUUUUUACGUUGCGAUUCCUGGCAAGGUCUAAAGGGUAAUUAAGCUGGCUUAAUACACUUUCUCUUCAGAACUGGGGUUUUUUUUUGGGGGGGUAAUGUAAUCAAAGUAGAUAAAAUAACUUAGGCAACUGAUAUUCAACUAGAAGAAUAUACAUAGAAGCUGAAGCCAGUAAUACUGUCUUAAAAGUAUAUAUAUGAAUAAAGAAUUCACUGAGACAGACCUGGAAAAGGUCAGUUCUAAGGAACUUGCUGCAAUCCGUGUUCAUUAGAGUUCAGGAUAAAGGAUGCUAUUUAUUUUUGUUACCUAGUUUCCUGUCUAAACUCAAUAGUUUACCUCACGUGCCUGUUACUCGUUACCUUUCAAACUGUAAGCUCUUUGCAACAGCACCUGUUAUUUACCAUGUCUGCGUAACCCCUGGGUUCCAGAUCUUGUCCAGCUUCUGACUGUUAGCACGUAUUCCAAAUUUUAUUGUACUAACCUUAUUAUUUAAAGUAUAGGUCAUCUACGUUCUUGGAACAGAUACUAAAUAAACUCUUGUUAGAGC